CGGGGUCUGCCUCUUGACCUGGGGCGGGCAUUGGCUCUAUGGAAAACACUGAAGCGUCGCUAAACGGUUUCCGCGAUUAUCUCCCCCUUUCGAAAGCAGAGGUCCGUCGGCCCGAGUUGUCCGCCCGACCUGCCGGACGCCCGCUGAAGCUAUGCGUUUUGGGGGCAUCUCGGUCACCGAGGGAUGCCCCUCCUACCCCCCUCGAAAUACCCGCCCGCUCAGUCACAAACUCUUCCCGGGCUCCCUCCUGUUUCCCAGGCCUCCGGCGGAUCUGGCAGGCUGGAUGCGGGGAGCUGAGCGGGGGUCCGGAUGCUGUGUCUGCACGUUCUUGGGGGAAAAGCUGAUGUGGGGGGAAUUGUUUCUGUCGGAAGCCGGAUUGGGGAAACGUCUCCUUCAGGGACCGGGAUGGAUCAGUCGGCUAUUAAAUGCUUGGUUUUUCCCAUUCCGUGCAGAGUUGUUCUUGUGAUAACUGCCUGAUUAUCUCACUCUGCAGUGCUCCGGUGAUAAAUAAAACAUGGGCCAGGGCUCAGGAUGAAUUCAGAGCAACCCCUUGCCCGGAGGAUUAGACCGAUUCAAGUCCCCGGAGCCCGGGCGCACCGGGAUCGGUCCGUCAGGACCCUCCGUACCGUUAUCGAGCGCGCCGCUCUCUAAACGCUUUCUGUCCGGGUCCCCUUUUGGCAAACCGUCCCCAACUUCAGGAAGCUCCUUGGGCAUAAGAAUUCACUUGGCAGAUGUAGCUUUGAUUUUUUUUUUCUUUUAACCUAAAUUUCACCUCGGUUCCAUCUCCAGAGUCAUUUUCCUUUACCCUCACACUACUCGCCGGCCCAGAGAUCGCUCUGAAAGGAGAAGAGCCCUCUGGCAUUCACUCUGCCCCAGUUGGCCUCUCGGGGUUCCUUUCCACGCCAGCGUUCUCGGCUUGGCCUCGGAUCCCUCACCUUCCCUCUCCCUCGACCGCGGACGUGAUCCUAGUGAAAACGUCGUUCCCAGUUGGAGCCGAGGAUGCAGCUUUUAUUCCUCAGCGUCGGGUUGUUUGGUUUUUUCCAACCGACGCCGGCCGGACCCCACAGCUUAGCGGUUCUCCCCUAAACCCCCCGGAUGGCACUUAGGUCAGCGGGUGGCUCUUUCCUACAGGCGCGGCCUAGAGCAAAGACCAGCUCAUUUCUCGUUUCCUUUCGGUUUGUCGCUCGGAGCCGAGAAUAGCCGUGGAUUCUCGUCACCACGCAGAGAGUCCUAAAUCCCCGACGGGAUGGAAAGAGCAUAGAAAAGGAAAAGGAGGAAGCCGAAAUAGCCUCUCCUCCGCCCCCUUGGAGCGCCGUUUUUGUAACAGCCCGGAGCACGCUCGGAGAUGGUCGGUUGGCCCUGCCAGGGACAGAGGCAGUCCCAUCCGCACCGUCCUCUCCUACUGAAAAGAUCUUGCCGCGAUAACCUGCUAAGGAGAGCAGCCUGUCAAGAAGCCCAGGUAUUUGGCAACCAGCUGGUUCCCCCGAGCGUGCAGUUGAAGAAGGCGACGGUCUUUCUCAACCCUGCAGCCUGCAAAGGAAAAGCCAGGUCCCUUUUCGAGAAGAACGUGGCCCCAAUUCUUCACUUGUCUGGCCUGGACGUGACCGUCGUUAAGACCGAUUACGAGGGGCAAGCCAAGAAGCUGCUGGAACUGAUGGAAACCACGGACAUGAUCAUUGUCGCAGGAGGAGAUGGCACCCUUCAGGAGAUCGUAACCGGACUCCUCCGGAGAGAAGAUGAGGCCGCCUUCAGUCGGAUCCCAAUCGGAUUCAUUCCCCUCGGACAAUCCAGCAACCUGAGCCGGACGCUCUUCCCCGCCAGUGGAAACAGAGUCCAGGGCAUUACCACCGCGACGCUGGCCAUCGUGAAAGGAGAAACGGUUCCGUUAGAUGUGCUGCAGAUCAAGGGAGAAAAGGAGCAGCCGGUCUUCGCCUUGACGGGGCUCAGAUGGGGAUCCUACAGAGACGCAGGUGUCAAAGUUAGCAAGUACUGGUACCUGGGGCCUCUGAAAACCAAAGCCGCUCACUUCUUCAGCACUCUUAAGGAGUGGCCCCAGAUACAUCGGGCCUCCAUCCUGUACACGGGGCCAACCGAGAGACCCCCGGAGGAGCCGGAAGAGAGGCCCCCCCGGCCUCCCCUGUACCGAAGGCUGUACCGAAGGCUGACCUCCUACUGGACGCGCCCUCAGACCGCCAUCUCCCAAGAAGUGACCCCGGAGGCCUGGGAGGAAGUAGGGCUGUCCACCAUUGAGCUGUCCAUCACCACGCAGAACAGUCGGCUCGACCCGACGCGCACCGAAGACUCCAUGACUAUUUGCAUUGAGCCGGACACCAUCAGCAAAGGAGACUUCGUCAGCGUGGGGAGUCAGAAGAUGAGCGACCCGCAGCUGUGCCCUGAAGGAACGCAGUGCCUGCAAGCCAGCAGGUGCACACUGCUCCUUCCCGAGGGCACGGGGGGCUCAUUCGGCAUCGACACCGAGGAGUACGAAGCCAUGCCGGUGGAGGUGAGGCUGCUGCCCCGGAAACUGCGCUUCUUUUGUGACCCCACGAUCCGCGCCCGGCUGCCCCGGCCCACCGCCGCCCAGUGAGGGCUCCCGCGAGGAGUUCGACAGGUGCCCUGCUGCUUCCCCGGGGCCCCGUCCGUGCGGCCCCGGCGCUCCGGGGCGGGGCCGGGACCGAGGCCCGGAGAACGUAAGCCGGGGUAGGGACUUGGCUGGAUCCUCGUCGAGGGUGGACUCCGGCCUCCCGGUGGGGCGGCCCGCCGCCUUUAACGCCCGCCCCCGCCCUGGCGCGAGCAGGUUCCUUGGGGAGACCGCAUCUCACCCACAACAGUGGCCCACCUGGGGCCCGUUGAGAUGGGUUCCUUCUCCCAAAGGUGUCCAUCGGGGCCCACGAGACCUGGGGCGGCUUCUGGGGCCGGUCACCCCAAGGACCUGUUCGGGGGAGGUUGCGUUUCUAUUAUCGUGUUUAAGGGAGAAAGGGACCAUUCCAAACCCACCCCGUAGCUCCCCCGGCUCUGUAAGUCCUAUCUUGUUCCUGCAACCUUUAACCGGAGGGCCGGGUUCCUAGACCUAGACCGCCACCACCCCAGCUCCCUCCUCCCAAAUCAGUCAGUGGUAUUUAUCGAGCGCCUACUGUGUGCAGAGCACUGUAUUAAGCGCUUGGGAGAGGAGGUACAUUCCCCGCCCUCCCAGGACCCUCCGAAAAGAGCGGCCUUAGUCACCCGACAAAGCAGGGCCUCCCCGUUUCCUGUCUCCCCCCAAUCCUCUACCCUCCUUGUUCCCCGUCACUGGCCAUCCCGUGGUCUUCCCCACCCCACAUUAGGAACGUGCACAUUAGCAGCAAGCACGAGGACAACGGCGGUUUAGUUUGGCAGGGUUUAUUAAAAGAAUCUGGUCCCAAGCAGAAUAGUCACAGUCAGUACCUUUUGGAUCAGUAGUUCUCCUCGGGUCGGGGCAUCCGGGGGGCCGCUGUCCCCUCAGGUGACGCUUCCACCCCUAGAAGACGCGUGGCCUCCGCCCCUGCCCGCUUCUCCCGGACCGGGCCCCGGAAAGCCUCCCCCGUCCGCCCGGCCCCCGUCGUGGUCGGAUACAAAAAUAAACCUCCCAUCUCACGUAAGAAAAAGACGGACUUCGUUCCCAAGUCCCGCGCUCCUCUCCCCCACCCGGCUGCUCCCAAAUCCGUUAGCCCCGUAGAACAAACAUACUCUGUUGCAUCGGUCAUAGUAAAAAUACAGAACGAGAUUUUUGCUUUAAAAAAA